UAUUGUAUAUAUAUGUGCAGCCAUAUGGACUGUGGGUCUGUGCGAUUGUCACUACAAGCGGAGAAGCUCACACUCUUGCACAGUUUCAAUCUCGAUCUGCAUGUCUGCCUUUCCGGGCGACGACAUGGGUGCUACAUUGGCCGAUGAGAAGCCCCACGUGGUGUGCGUGCCUUUCCCGUCGCAGGGGCACAUAACGCCGAUGAUGAAGCUGGCUAAGGUCCUUCACCGCAAGGGCUUCCACAUCACCUUCGUCAACACUGAGUACAACCAACGCCGCCUCGUCCGCUCCCGCGGCCCUGACGCCAUAACCGGCCUCCCGGACUUCCGCUUCGCCACCAUUCCGGACGGCAUGCCCUUGUCUGACGCCGAUGCCACGCAAGACCCGGAAUCCCUUUGCUAUUCCACCAUGACCACCUGCCUCCCCCACCUAAAGAACCUGCUCCAUGACCUCAACAAUAAAUCCGGGACGCCGCUGGUAAGGUGCGUCGUGGCGGACGGCCUCAUGAGCCUUAGCGUUGAUGCUGUGGUGGAGAUCGGCGUUCCUUGCGCGCUGUUCUGGACUGCCAGCGCCUGCGGCUACAUGGGCUACCACAACUUUAGGUUUCUCAUAGAUGAGGGCCUUACUCCUCUCAAAGAUAAAGAGCAGGUGACGAACGGGUACAUGGACACGCCCGUGACACAUGCUUGUGGUAUGAGCAAGCACAUGCGUCUCCGAGACUUCCCGUCUUUCAUCCGCACCACGAACCGCGGCGACGUCCUGCUCAACUUCAUGAUACACCAGCUAGAGCAGUCGAGCCGCGCGACCGCCAUUAUUGUUAACACCUUUGACGAGCUAGAGCAGCCGGCAUUGGACGCUAUGUGCACCAUGCUUCCCCUACCAAUCUACACUAUCGGCCCGCUAAACUUCCUCACCGAGCAGCUGGUCCCCGAUGGCGAUGACAGCGACACACUCGCCGCGAUAUGCUGCAACCUCUGGAGAGAAGAUAGGUCCUGCCUCGAGUGGCUCCAAGGCAGGGAGCCUCGGUCUGUGGUGUACGUCAACUUUGGUAGCAUCACCACCAUGUCCAGCCAAGAGCUCGUGGAGUUUGCAUGGGGGCUGGCCAACUGUGGCUAUGACUUCCUGUGGAUCGUGAGGAAUGACCUCGUAAAGGGCGAUGUUGCUGUGCUGCCUCCAGAGUUCCAAGAGGCGACCAAGGGCAGGUGCCUCCUGGCGAGCUGGUGCGACCAGGAGGCGGUGCUGCAUCAUGAGGCGGUGGGCGCCUUCCUUACACACUGCGGGUGGAACUCGAUGAUGGAGGGGCUCAGCGCAGGGGUGCCAAUGCUGUGUUGGCCCUUCUUCGCGGAGCAGCAAACCAAUUCGCGCUACGUGUUCGUGGAGUGGGGUGUCGGGAUGGAGGUCGGCGACGACGUGCGCCGGGAGGUGGUCGAGGAGAGGAUACGAGAAGUGAUGGGAGUAGGAGAGGCAGGGAGGGAGAUGAGACGGAAGGCGGUGGAGUGGAGUGAGAUCGCCGUUCGCGCAACCGCACAACCUGGUGGCAGGUCGUUGGCCAACCUUGAGAGUCUGCUCCAGGAUGUACUAUUGAGUGCAGGUAAGAAUGUUGGCUAGAACUGAGAUGCAUGCAGAUCCAACCGACAGAAUUGUUGAGAUUUAAAUAUCCCACAUGUUAAUUGCCAUCCGAAGGGAUACGACCGAUGUUGUAGACGUCCCUUUGGGAACGAAGCAUCACUUCAGGAACGAAGCGUCCCUUCAUGGACUAUAUAUUGUAACCACAAUCAUCAAUGAGAGACGAUUCCUGCCAUUUUGCUAUGUCUUUUAUCAAGAAUGUCAAAUGCGGAUUAGUUUCUGCAUGGACUGGUUGUCCAAUAAGGUUAUAUCUGUCAUGUUUGUUUGGGUUGUGGCCAUGUCAUCAGCUUGCCAUUGUAGGUUGGUACCUCUAUCUGGUUUUAUUCUUUUUGUGUCUACAUUAAUGUAUUCUUAAUUAUUUUUGUAAGAUAUGAUACUUCGGAAUAAAUAUGAUACGUGGA